GCGGAUAUGAUGCAGUACGCGUUUGAUUUCGAUGCGCUAAAGUCGUCAAUCCCAGCGAUCCAAAACGACUUUUCGUACUACCGCCGCACGCUGUCGCGCAUGCAAAAGUCCCAAGACCCGGGCAUCCGCGAGUGCGUGAUCUCCAACGACGUGUCGAACCACAUGUCGCUGUUCUAUGCGUACCACAACCCGCUGGUCAAGUCGGUGGUCGAUGCGGCAAGCAAGUACGUCAGCGAGUCGGGCACGUCGCAGCAUGUCCUCGAGUGUCUAUCGGCGCUGGCAGCAGGUAGCUUCAAUGCGAUUAAGCAGCACAAGGUCGACGACGCGAAGCUGUGUGUGCAGGUACUGGUGACCUGCUGCAUCCUCUACGACUGGAUCUCGCCCCAAGGCGUGAACGGCCCGCAGUCGGCCAUAGACACCCGGGCAGUGCUCCAGCUUGUGCGCGAGCGGCCGCUGGUAGACAGCAGGCCCGCCGAGGAGGUGCUGCGGUUCAACUGCCGAACGAUACGCUAAAGUGUUCAGUCCUAGUCUCU